AUGCCCCCCACCCUCCCGAUACACCAUGUCUACACUGAACAACUGCUUCCUCUCGGCCAUGGAUUUCCGCUCUGGGACGCGGAGCCGGAGGACAAGAAGUUCGAGGUCGAGAUUGGGACGGUGGGCCGCAUCGACUCCGGCAAGUUCUGGCUCCUGUUCAACGCGAUGAAGCCGGCCGACGACCCCUACCAGAAGCACGGAGUUCCAGCGACGUACGAGCCGCUGAGUAUCCCAGGGCAUGCGCCGCAAGGGCCGUGGGAGAAGAUCAAGUUCCCGCUCGUCGUGAGCCGCACGGUCUGCAACCGCGAUAUCGCCGCCGCGCCCGAUGGGUCAGUCUCUUUGGGAGGAAGCCUGAAGUUCGACUGCAGCGAGAAUACUGGCGCCUUCCUCUUGCUCGAGCGCCCCGCCAUAGCGCUGGUGCUCCCGGCCAAAGACCGCAUCGUGCGGUACAUGCGGGACAACUUCGACCGCUGGCUCGAAUUCGCGAACGCGGACAAUGGCCUCUCUCUGCGCCCGGAGGAGAUCUACUUCGUCCACGGCACGGUGAAGACGAGCAAGUGGGCCGCUGGCGCGUUUCACGGCAACUGCAGGAACAGGGAGGGGUCUUUGAAGGCACAGCUCAUGGAGGUCGGUAAUUUCGAUCUCUCGAUCUCCGUCAGCACCGAGGAUUACACGCGGAUGGAGUACAAUUAUGGUCCUACUGGGCGCGACCUCAGCGGCGCCGCUUUCGUCGCGGCGCCCUCGUCAAACACUAAUAUCGACGCCGUGGGCGCGCGCAAGUGCGACCAGUGCAUCUUCUUCAACUACUUUAAAGCGAAGAAGAGGCUAUUCAUUGGACCAAAGUACAUGGUCGCUGCCGCAGGUCCUCAUGAGCUUCCUCCACCAGACCGCGACGACUUCGCCUCGUCCGAUGCCGUUCUCGCAGACGGGGGUCCAUGGUUCGACGAGGACUUCGAGGAGAUGCCUGAUACGGCGCCAGCCUCGGUGCGUACAGCUAUGAUCUAA